AUGGGAUCUCUAGCGCAAAAGUCUCGUAUGAAGUCUUGGUACCUAAAGGCCAAAGAUCAGGCAUUGGGCAUGAGCUUUGGUGAGCAUGUCAUGGCAGGCUAUCACUUCUUAAUGAAGCAUUACGACGAUGGAGAUGCCAUAUACUUCUUCGGAUUCUCGCGAGGCGCGUAUACUGCUCGGUUCCUUGCACAAAUGCUUGACUAUGUUGGUCUGCUAAGUGCCGGCAACGAAGAGAUGCUGAGUUUUGGUCAGUGGAUUCUGAUGCUCUACACACGAAUGCAGAUGAGGCGGGAUGAGUCUCCAGAAGACAGAGCCAAGAAGAGGAACACAUUCGACUUCAUGAAGAAGUUCCGCGAGACCUUCAGCAGACCUGUCUGCCGGAUCGAGUUCCUGGGACUGUUCGACUGUGUCAAUAGUGUGCCUCGAUUUGAGAGUGCCUGGAUGUCGCGAACCCGCUUCCCUUACACGGCAAAGACCACAGCCCGCGUGAUACGUCAUGCCGUUUCGAUCGAUGAAAGACGUGCUAAGUUCCGACAGGACUUGAUCUCGGAAAUGCGCGAGUCUUCCCACGGAGUAAGUUAUCGAGAAUAUCUUGCUGACCACUUGCACCUGCAUCAUCGUCAGCAAGACGGUGAGAAUGGCUCCGCCAAACGGCCUAGCUUCAAGAAACCACACUAUUCGCAGCCGCUCUUUCGUACUCUACGUCGCAGGAGGCCUCUGGCUGCCGACGAGAGUUCCGACUGUGCGGUCAGUCCAGGCGCAUCUCAGGUCUCCGUCAACUCCAACAAUAUCCCUUCGCGGCGAAAGCGGGACCACGGCCGAUCGGAGGAGGCAGACCCCGAGGAUCGCCAGAAUGUGCUCGAGGUAUGGUUCGCAGGCCAGCAUGGAGAUAUUGGAGGAGGCUGGAAGUUGAGCCCUGGGGAGGACCGGCGGCUCAGCGACAUUGCAUUGAUGUGGAUGCUACGAGAGGCUCAGAAUGCUGGCAUGCCUUUCGAUCCCAUCCGGGUGAAGGCCUCUAGGCUGUUCAUGCAUGAUCCUGAGCCGCCACUCGCCAGCCUGGCAGUAGAAGCGCCGGUCAUCCAUAUCAAAGGACAGGAAGUGCCGAGUGUCUCAUCGCCCGAACAGCAGACUGCCUCGAUGCAAGAAUUCGCAUGCGAGGUUCAUCGUCUUUCGACCCAGAGCCGUGUCCACGACUGGCUUCGUUUCGGCGGCGGCGCUGGGUGGCUAUCAGUCGCGGCAUGGCGGUUCAUGGAGUUCAUGCCUUUCAAGAGAAUGGACCUCCAGCCAGAUGGCUCAUGGCGUGCGAUUUCGUGGCCACUGCCAAGAGGAGAGACGCGCGACAUGAGCGCAGAUUGUAAGGUCCAUCACUCUGUCAUCAAGAGGAUGGAGGCAGAUGCCACGUAUCGGCCAGGGAAUCUGAUUGUCGGAGGAGGAGGUCGUGGAGUUCGCAAGGCGGCGGAGAAGUAUGGGAUUGGGAGCUGGCGAGUGGUCCACAAACACGAAGAUCCAAUUGAGGAGAUCCACGUCAAAGAUCAUGCACAAUGCCUGAGCACCGUGAAUGGACAUUCAUAG